ACUGCAUUGCCUUGGCCCUGCGUCGGCUUGUCCUCAAUUGACCAAUCUGCACGCCCCAAAAUCUUGACACUUGGAACUAAAAGCUUGGCCAGUCCAGGCGGUGGGACAAAGGCGCGAACCUCCAACUGGACUAGUUAGUGACCUGUUCGCCAUCACCACCGAACUACAAUCUUUUCGGCUACACCUCCUUGUCGCCAAACAGAUAUCCCACCAGAGCGCCAUGGAAAGAUCAUAUCCGACAAGUAAAAACAACUAGCUGCCUUCUUUCUUCUACAUACAACAACAGCGCUCGACAUGGCUUCUCGAUUCGCCUCGUCCUCCCUCCAUCAGCGCGACUCGCGCAGCGACUUGUUCAAAGGUUACACCGGCGGUUCGGCAAGCAGGCCAGUCAGCGCCAGCCCGAGCCGGCAACUACAACAGCAGCAAUACUACGGCGGCAACGGGUACGGAUAUGGCGGGUACCAGCCAAGCGGCUCGACCGGGAUCGGCGCGAGCGGGAGCAGCCAUCUGGGCGUACCCGGGGGCGGAGGCUAUCGGCCGGCCACGCCUAAUCGCAAGGGCCAAUAUAGCGACGCCGUGCUCAAUGAGCUCGAGAGCCAGAACGAUCAGCAGGUGGAGGGCAUCAUGGGCAAGGUCAAGCUGCUGAAGGAUAUGACAAUAGCGAUUGGCGAUGAGAUCCGCGACUCGUCGGCCCUGGCGGAGAAGAUGAACGAGGGCUUCGACCAGACGCGACUGCGGGUGGGCAGGACCAUGAACAGGAUGCUUGUCAUGGCGGAACGGACGGGCGUCGGCUGGAAGGCGUGGCUCGCUUUCUUCGCGGCCGUCAUCUUCUUGUUUAUCUAUGUCUGGCUGUUUUGACCCGGGGGGGGGGGGGGGUAGGGUAGUAGGCGUUCCUUUGAUCGAAAUGGGCCUUGGGAAACUUCCUUUUGGACCUUUUCUGCGCCGAGGAGGCUGGCUUGCGUUGGCGCUCGGAGUUGGGGAAACAUGGCUGUCUUGGGCUCGGUUUCUCUGGGGUAAGUCUUCUAAGUCGGUGGUGUGUCACAGGCUCUUAUG